AACGCGUCGCGUCGACCAACCUUGGAACGCUCCAACGCUGCAACUUAUCGAUUGCUCCACCCACCCACCAUGACGCCCAAGACGCGUUCGAGCAACCAAGACGCCGACUACAAAGUCUACUAUUCUAAGAAAGUACCGCAGCAAAUCCGUUUCCCACACAAGCGCAAGACGGUGCGUCGGCGUUCCACACCAGUACACGACGGGAAGCGGCAAAUGGUCUUUCUGCCGGACAAAAUGAGGAGACAGGGCACUCCUGUUGUCGCCGACUCGGAUGAAGAGAGCGACACAGAUUUGGAGGAGGAUCUAGAAGAUGGAGUCGUCUCGAUCAAGGCCGAGGUGGAUGAGGAAGAAGAAGAAGAAGAGCAACAGCCUGCGAGGACGAAGAGGAAGGGAAAGAAGAGGAACAGCGAUGGACUUCAGCAAGAAGACAACGGGGAGGAGGGCCCGGUAGAGCCUACUUCUAAACGCCGACGGACCGCAGCCCCGCUCAAGAACAAUCGCCGCUCGAGGCGCGUCGAAGCCGGAGCCGAUUACAAGGACGAUGCGACAGCCACCAAGGCCGACCGAGAGCGCACGCUACGGCGACAAUCAACAAUGACACAACUAGUGGACGGACGAAAGCCUUUGCCAGAUGACGAAGAGCCUAGCUUUCAGCCCGUAAAACAGAGCUCGCGACUGAGUUGGGGUGGACGUGGCAAGAGCGAAGUAAAGAGCGACAGGAAGCAGCGCACGUUGACGCAGAUGAUACCGGGCAUGCGACCACAAGAGAUCAUGUCAGAUGAGGAUCUAGACGAGAUAUUGAGCGAUGCCGAGGCAGAGGAGAGGGCUAGUCAGACCUAUGGCGAUGCUGUUGCGCAGCGUCUGGCGCAACAAGGCUUUUAUCGUGUCGAAGGGAAUGGUGCUAGAGAGAACAUCGGUGCAGACGAUGCUAUUAACGACAUGGAGCAGAACCUAGAAGACAAACAUAUAAAGAAGGAGCCCAUGGCAAACUCUCAAGAUACCCCGGAGUUAGUUGUGCAGUCAGUGGAAGAUGAGAUGGACGAGGAUUGCGAAGACAGCUACAAACCGACCCAGUUCAUUGAAGCGCCUGCCACAAGAACGACCCGCGCGACUAGGCGAGGGAAAGGACCACGAGUCGCAGAGACGGAGCAAGCUUUUUAUGCGCCGCAAGGGCAGGCCAGGACCCGUAAAGCCCGCUUCAGCCUUUUAUCAACGCCAGAGAAACGACGUAUUCGCGAGAUUCCCUCCUCUCAGUCACCAGCCGACUCACCGCUAUCGACUCAGGUUUCCCCACAAAAGCUACACCGAUCACCCCUCAAGCAGCGCUCGGAUAACUCGAUUCUUGCACCAGAGACGCCUUCGAAACGUAAGCAGGUUACUUUCAAGAUGCCUUCGAAAACGCCUAUACCACCACCAACACUGAGGAAGUUUGAGAGUACGAUACAAGACUCUGAAGACGAGGAUGAUGGUGUCAUAGAAGAAGACCUGCCUGCUGUUGGACCUGCGACUGGGAAAGCCAUUGGCGCUGAUACUCAGGCAGUACUUGACAGGAUCGACCAGGCAUGUGCUGAUGCAAAUGGAGAAGAAGUUAUGGAGGAUUCGGCAUCACCACAAGACUCGGGCGAUCUACCUGAGCUUCGAGGUGACCAAGAACCUUCUCCCGAACUUGGCGACCUGCAAAAGCAGUCGAGUGGCAGAUCGUCCUCUACUGUAGCCAAGUCCGUCGCUGUUAAGCAGGAGCCCGGAUAUGACGAUGACGACUACGAGGAUGAAGAAGAUGAUGACGCAACAAUAUUGCCCACAGUCCCGUUCAAUCCGUCGAAUGAAGAGAGGCCAAUCAAGAGUGAGGCUAACACAAGUAGUGAAGGGGAAUUACCUUUACCAGAAGAGCAGCUCCGCUCCACCCCUCCAGUCAUUGCAGACCUCAAUCAAGAAACUUGCCCAUCCACACCGAUGGCCAUCAACGACGAUUCAUCGGAAGAAGCAGAAGAAGCCCCACCACCAGAUCCAACUCCUCCACGAUCAAGCAACGUACAUGCGCCGCUGUUCACAUCGACAGACAUGCACCAGUCAGCAGAUCUAGACGGCGAAUCCAUACAGGUCCCUCGUUCUCCGUCACCCGAUCACGAAACCCAACAGUCACACUCCAGCAAAGCAGAGCAGCAGCUCCACAACGAAUGGUUCUCAUACUCCCAAUACGUAAAUGCACGAGCCCCCGAAUCAUCAAGCAUGCGCGCAGCACCCGACGCAUUCAGUUACAACGACACACCCCGCCUUCCCCAAAACACAGCGCCCCAGUCGAACCACCAACCAUCAGGCUACCACCCCAGCCAAGCAACAACCGUUGACGAGAUCACGCAACGCACACCCCGACGCAAGCGCAUCCAGCAUUUCUCCAGCACGCACACAACACCCCAUCGCAUCGCCAGUUCUCAGCCUGCUAUCUCGCCGAGUAAACCACCGCCACUGUUUAUACCAAGUAGUUUCCCCAGCCCGGAGAAGGUCGCGGCGGAGGGGUGGAGUAGCCCUAUGUUUGGUAUGACGCAAGCGGCUGGGGGGUAUAAGAGUAGUCAGUGGGCGAGUCUGGAGGAUUUCAGUAUUCCGCCGCCGCCACCGAUGGAUGGGGAUGAUGAGUAG